ACGGUUUUAUGUUCAACACACAGCCCAUUUCAGCGAAGUAGAUUGGUUUGGCAGUAACGACUUACGUGUCGGUCCAGUUCAUUGUCAUAGUAAUGCAGAACUGCACAGCUUAACAGGCUCCGUUCAGGGUCGGUAACUCAGCCAAAGGCGAGCGGGAACUCUUUGUUUUUGGUGGAGCGGCGUUAUCGGCUCACUGGUGUGUUUUACCGAGCUUAUCAGACAUUAGCAAGUGAUGAGCAGGGGCCUGCUUCUUCUGGAUGCCCAGCUAAGCUUACCGACAGGGCACGCCGCUUAACAGCAGCCACAGACUCUGAUUUCAACGUGUAAACUCUCAGACAUCACCUUAAGGAUGCAGAUGCUGCUGUUUAUUUAGACCGAGGCUUCAUGCUAUCUGUGUACGAGUUUGACAAACUCGGUAGCUAGUUAACACUCGGCUUGCAAGUUCAGGAUCAGCAGUCGGCAAAGAACCCUCAGCCUUCAGCGUACACAUAACAGCCUAUCUGUGCGAUGGGUUUACUGUCACAGGGGUCUCCAUUGAACUGGGAAGAAACCAAGAAGCAUGCUGACCAUAUCAGAAAGCACGGCAUCAUUCAGUUUCUCAACAUCUACAACAAGGUGAAGGAGCGUCAGAAAGAUGUGUUGAAAUGGGGAGAUGAGGUCGAGUACAUGUUGGUGGAAUUGAAUGACAAGGAUGAGAAGGUUCAACUUUGCCUGAACGGUGGAGAUGUUUUGGAAAUUCUUCAAGACCAGGGUGAAAAGAUAAACCCCAAUCACCCCACACUUUGGAGACCUGAAUAUGGCAGCUACAUGAUUGAAGGAACUCCAGGGCAGCCGUACGGUGGGACGAUGUCAGAGUUCAACACUGUGGAGGGCAACAUGGGGAAGAGACGACGAGAGGCCUCGGCUGUCCUGAACCAGAAUGAAACCCUGUGCACCAUCACCUCCUUUCCAAGGUUAGGCUGCCCAGGAUUCACCAAACCGGAGUGCAGCCCCACGCCUGUUGAAAAGGGAGUGUCCAAGUCGCUGUUUUUCCCAGAUGAAGCCAUCAACAGACACCCGAGGUUCAGCACCCUUACUAGAAACAUACGCCACAGAAGAGGAGAGAAAGUCGUCAUUAAUGUCCCAAUCUUCAAAGACGAGCGCACUCCGUCUCCAUUUGUGGAGGAGUUUCCUGAGGACGAUGGUGAAGCGGCGAGGGCAGCUCUGCCUGAUCAUAUCUACAUGGAUGCCAUGGGCUUUGGCAUGGGCAACUGUUGUCUGCAGGUGACAUUUCAGGCCUGCAGCAUUGCUGAGGCGAGAUACCUUUAUGACCAGCUCGCAACAUUCUGCCCCAUUGUGAUGGCACUGAGUGCAGCCUCUCCCUUCUACAGAGGCUUUGUGUCAGAUAUUGAUUGCCGCUGGGGAGUCAUUUCUGCCUCGGUGGACGACCGGACACAGGAGGAACGUGGGCUGAAGCCUUUGAAAAACAAUAAAUACAGGAUCUUCAAGUCAAGAUAUGAUUCCAUCGACAGCUACCUCUCUCGCUGUGGUGAGAAGUACAACGACAUCAAUUUGACGAUAGACGAGGAGAUCUACAAGCAGCUGCUCAGUGCAGGAAUCGACAAGCUCCUGGCCCAACACAUAGCACACCUCUUCAUCCGAGAUCCACUCUCUGUCUUUGAGGAGAAAAUACACUUGGAUGAUGAAAAUGAGUCUGAUCACUUUGAGAACCUUCAGUCAACUAACUGGCAGACAAUGAGGUUUAAACCUCCACCUCCAAACUCUGACAUUGGCUGGAGAGUUGAGUUCCGCCCCAUGGAGGUGCAGCUAACUGACUUUGAAAACGCUGCGUACGUGGUCUUUGUCGUCUUGCUCACCAGAGUGAUCUUGUCCUACAAACUGGACUUCCUAAUACCUUUGUCAAAGGUGGAUGAAAACAUGAAGGUUGCACAGAAGAGGAACGCUGUUCAGGAGGGGAUGUUUUACUUCCAAAAGGACAUCUUCAAAGGCUGCAACCCAGUCCCCGAUGGCGCCGCUUCUGCCCAGAACAGCUUGGAGACUGACUGUGCUAAUGAGGAGUACACACUGAUGAGCAUCGACACAAUCAUCAAUGGAAAGGAGGGAGUUUUUCAAGGGCUUAUCCCAAUCCUUAACUCCUAUUUGGAAACCAUGGAAGUUGAUGUGGACACCAGGUGCACCAUUUUGAAUUAUCUGAAGCUCAUCAAGAAACGUGCCUCAGGCGAACUUAUGACCAUGGCCAAGUGGAUGAGGGAAUUUGUUGCAAAGCACCCACAGUAUAAACAGGACAGUGUCAUCACUGACAAGAUCAACUAUGACCUCUUUCGCAAGUGCGAUAGGAUUGCAAAAGGAAAAGAGCAAUGCCCAGAGCUCAUUGGAAACCCAGUUAACAAGUCCAAAUGAGAAUCACUGCAAAAAUGCAGUCAUUAUUGAAAGCAUGUAACGAAAGACCAAAUGAAUGGCUUAAAAUGAAAGCAGCCCAAUUGUAAGAGAAUGCUAACCAACAUGAGUGUGUUGUAAGAGACACACAUGCAUCUAAUGUGUUUAUAUAUACUGUAUCAGAUUCUUAUGAAUACAGAAUUAUUUUAAUAGGGUUAAGACAUGCAGAAGGUUGUGUAAUAGCUAAAACAGAUGUGUAUUUAUUUUUCUCUGGAAAUGUUGCAUGUCUGUUUGAGAAUGUAAAUAUAGCAAAGAGUUGUACAGUAGUCUGGUAUUCUGUAAAUAGUGUGUCCCCGCUCUACAAUAACAUGUCUAAUAUUUUAGAAGAAAGGUUUGCUUUGCUCUGUUGAUAUUGUGAUUGAGCCUUUUAAAACUGUGUUGCAUCCAAGUGGAAAUGGUGAACCAUUGUUUGCUUUGUGGCAGUGUUUUAAAAUAAAUCUAUAAGUAAGA